AUGUCGAAGGUGCUGUCAGCGCUUGGUGGCGCGUUGCCUGACGAGCGGCCGCUGCUCUCGCUGCAGAUCGUAGAGAGCGUGGCCAAGUGCCCGGCCGGCUACUGGCCCGUCAGCCGCACGUACGACGAGGACGCCGACGCCGGCCUGCUGCGCCAAAAUGGACUCUUCGGCAAGAAGCCCAGCCACUACAUUUGCCUGUCCAAGUCCGAAGGCGUCCCGGGCUACGUGAUGGACGGCGUGACGGUGGUGGGCGAGCGCGAGGCGGCGCCGGCGGGCUACAGCGUGGCGGGGCGCGCGGGCAAGAGGCGCCUCUGCACGCGCGUGUCGCGCACCGCCGCCGCCAAGCCCGCCCUCCCCGUCACCGACGUCAUCGUGUGCUCGAAGAUGCGCCAGGCGCCGCGCGGAUUCCUGCUAGCCGGAGAGAUCAACGGCAAGAUGGUCUGCUACAAGGUCAGCGGUGGCAGCGAGGACGCAUCGCCAACCGGAGGGCCCAACGACUACGAAAACGUGGUCACCAACAUCACGCCGGAGGCAAAUAGGAGGUUGCGGCCGGCACCGGAGCGGCCGCCGAAGCUGUCGCCGCUCAUCAGCGAGCUGAGCGGCCUCGGCAUCAAAUCGCCCGGCGCCCCACGCGACGAGCCCAAGGCCGCCGUCGACCACGAGUACGAGGCGCUCAGCCCGUCGUACAACGUGAAGCCCGGCAGGGCGGCGCCGGCGCAGCCCCCCGCGAGGGCGAAGUCGCCGCCGCUGAGCCCCGGCCGCCGCAGGGGCCCCGCGCCCCCCCCGAAGCCGUGCAACUACCAGACCCUGGGCGGCUACAACGGCAUGGAGGGGGUGCCGUUCGUGCUCAACCCGAAGCUGAGGGGGCUGCCCAGCGACGCGCUGACCCAACUGCCGGUCGUAAAGAAGCGGUCCCGCUUCGACCUUGACCGUGACUACACAUACAGCUUUGCGCUGGAGCGACAGACG